GUCUUAUCUGUUGCAAACCUCGUGUGGUGGCAUGCUUAGCACUAGGCAAGUUAAAGAAAGAAAGGUGCUGGAGGAAUGAUAUCUGACAUGGUCCCUGACAUUCACCUGAGAUCUCAGAUCUGACAAAGUUCCAAGUUCAAUUUUUUUUUUGAAUGGGGCCAGAAUAGAAGGAACAAGCUCACAGGCUCCCGAGUAGCGAUGAAUGUAACUCGCGUCGUUCAUUGAUAGAGGUUCCCGCCUAUAUUUUUAACUUAUAAGCAUGGUUUGUUAUGGGGGAAGGCGCAUCCGGCUAAAAUAUGGUUGCUGGGUGACGGCCUUUGCCUGCACGAAAUAGUUGGGCUAGCAGAUUCCCCGAUUAAGGGGCAACCUUGGGAUUCCCAAACGACUCAAGUGUCAACACAGAUGCAGCAUCUCACUCAAGGAGAAACUCCAUUAGACUGAAAUCCCAACCUGAUUCUCUCCAUACUUACCACCUCACUCUCACCUCGAAAACUCCGACAUUUGACAACCACAAGACGUUUUCCUGGGUCACCAGUCACGAUCCUGUCUAUCAAACAAAUAUGGUGAGUCAACGCUGAUUCUCAUUCGUCCACGCCCCUCUCGUGCUCGGGAACUAGGCGCCUGGCUCAAGGGGAGGAGACGCCAAAUGGCAACAGCAACAAUGCAAUAAUGGGCAAGAGCGAAGAGGGUAGUGAGGGUGCACCCGACAAGUACAAACUCUGAAUCAUCCAAUUCUGCCUCCCUCGAGCAGCCCUGAGCUUUGUUAUUUUCCGCUGUACCGCGCCCACCAACCCCAGCCAACACAGCGCAGCCGUGGUUCUGGGCCUGACACCAUCACGAUCGUCAGCAACAAACAAACUCCUGCCGCUUGCCCUUCACCUGACCAUCGUUCUUCCAUCUCUCACCAUUCACCCUCUACCAACUCCAUCCAUUUUUUUCUUUCAACCCCUCCAUUUCCGACAUACAUCGUCGCAUUCUCACCUUGACCAUGGCUAAUGUCCACAAUUCUCAGACGUCCACAAAUUACAAGGAAGCCUUCUCCCUGUAUGACAAACGAGGCACCGGCCGCGUCGCCCUCGAUUCCCUUGGUGACCUCCUGCGCGCCUGCGGACAAAACCCUACCCUGGCCGAGAUCAGAGACUUGGAAAAGACAGUCGGAGGUGAUUUUGAUUUUGAUUCAUUCAGCAAAGUCCUUAAUCGACCGGGCGGCUUCCGAGACCCUGGCGAACCCGAAGAAUACUGUCGUGGCUUUCAGGUGUUUGACAAGGAUAUGACGGGCUUCAUAGGGGUCGGACAGCUGAGAUACAUCUUGACCAAUCUGGGUGAAAAGAUGAGUGACGAGGAGGUGGACGAGCUCUUGAAAGCUGUCGACACAAGCAGUGGGGAGAUCAACUACAUGGACUUGGUGCGAACUGUCAUUGCCAAUUGACAUGGCAUUUUUGACGUCGAUUCGCCAACAUGCACGACGUUGUUACGAGAAUAUGGGUUUGUUGGGUCAACAGCAUUGCGGGCUGCUUUCUGGGUCGAAUUCGAUCAGUUUCGGCGUACACAAGUAUGAUUGAUAGGGCAGCAUGCACAUGCUCAUUGCAGAACAAUCACAUUUGAUUUCCACCGGAGUCAGCACCGAGAACGUCGCAUGAUGGAUUCUCGUCUGAGUUGUUAUACUGUCUGUCCCGCCCACGGAGGCAUUUCAGGUCUUUCUCCCUUGAUCAUCUUUUCCGUCCCAAUCAGUCCUCCUGGUAGUAGAUAGAUUGGCCUUGAAACCGGCUGGCUGGUCUCAAAAUGUGACUCGUCCAAUUGAUACCCCAAUACUAGUUUG